AUGGUGUUGGGAAGCAUGGUCUCGUUUCUUACCAUCCUCGCUCACGCCGGAGGCGAUCGUGAUGUACCAGCUCCUGCAAACGAGAAGGUCUUCAAGAAAUGCCAGCUUAUAAAGAAGGAAGUCCUCGCAGAAUCACGUGAUCGAGGCGAGCCGAUUGUCAAACUCGUGUUCGCAGCUCCAGGGAAAGAGCUCGUGGAUGUCAACACUGCCCUCCGGCAGGUGAUUCUGGUAAGAGCCAACGGUGUGACACGCAAGUACUCGCCUCCUUCAGAGCCGUGUCGUCCAGAUGGAACCUUCGAGUUGAUCGUCCGAGUCUAUGAGUCGGGCAAUGUGUCAAGGUUCCUUGGCAGCUUGCAAGUUGGUGAGACGGCUGACAUGUGCUGGCCGUUUCCCUCUCCUCUUAUCCCGGACCGGCGCAAUGCUGGAACGCAUGUCGGGCUUGUUGCCUAUGGAGUGGGCAUCACCGAGCUCUUCCGUGUCGCUAUCAAUGAGCUUGGGGAUCCAGCUGUCCAAGAAGUCUUGCUGCUGUACAGCACUCGAACCGCCGAAGACCAACAGGUACUCGGCAGGGAGCUGGAGGAGCUAGCGCUGAAGGAGAAGCGCUUCCGGCUCUUGCGAGCAGUCUCUCGAGAGAGGGUUCCUGGAAUGUUGCACGGGCGUGCAGAUGCAUCCAUGCUGCGGGAGGUGUUUCUGCCAUGGGCAACUGGCCCUGACCGAAGCAAUGCCCGAUUUCUACCAGCAGGAAGCAAGGACAUGAUAUUGCUGGCUCACAAGUGCCUCGUUGACCUAGGCUUCGAUGCUGACCAGUCGAAGCUCAUCCGCGACAACAGACCUCUAGCUUCGAGUUGA